AAAAAAAAAAAAACGAAGAAAACAGUAACAAUUGAAUUGUGUGAUUUGCGGUGUGUGAGUGUGUAAGCUAAUGAACAAAGCAUGAGGAAUUGGAUGAGCAUGGCGAUGGGUACAGUAUCAAACUCCACACUUUUUCUAUCCUUUGCAUCACCCAUUCACAAAACCAUAAUCCCCUUUUCUCUCACCAAAACGUCGCCGUAUCUCAUUUCUCGGCGCACCUUUUCUGUUUCCUCCCUUCCUUCUCUCUCCGCCGACAGCAACUUCAACUUCUCUCAUUCUGGAGAUGGAAAUGGCGUUGCAGUUUCAACGAGAAGUUCGAAAGUGCUUCUUAAAGGGAUGACUUACCCUGAACUUGAAAAAUGGGUUCAAUCACAUGGAUACAGACCAGGGCAGGCCAUGAUGUUAUGGAAGCGUAUGUAUGGAAAUGACAUUUGGGCGCAUCAGAUUGAUGAGUUGGAAGGUUUGAACAAAGAUUUCAAGAAGAUGUUGAGUGAAAAAGCAGAUUUCAAGGCACUUGCGGUGAAAGAUAUUCACACAGCGAGUGAUGGAACUAGGAAGAUUUUGUUUACGUUAGAUGAUGGGAUGGUCAUAGAAACAGUCAUCAUACCUUGUGAUAGAGGCAGGACUACUGUGUGUGUUUCCAGUCAAGUUGGAUGUGCCAUGAAUUGUCAAUUUUGCUAUACUGGAAGAAUGGGUCUUAAGAGACAUCUUACUGCUGCAGAAAUAGUCGAGCAGACCGUUUUUGCCAGACGGCUAUUCACAAGUGAAGUUGGUUCCAUCACCAAUGUUGUAUUUAUGGGCAUGGGGGAACCACUUCAAAACAUUGAUAAUGUCAUUAAAGCUGCAGAUAUUAUGGUGGAUGAGCAAGGGCUUCAUUUCAGCCCCCGCAAGGUCACUGUUUCAACCAGUGGACUUGUUCCGCAGCUCAAACGUUUCCUCCACGAAUCCAACUGUGCGUUGGCUGUUAGUUUGAACGCAACAACCGAUGAGGUAAGAAACUGGAUCAUGCCUAUAAAUCGAAAGUAUAAACUGGACUUGCUUCUUGAGACACUUCGGGAGGAGCUUUGCUUGAAACACAACUAUAAGGUUCUAUUUGAGUAUGUGAUGCUUGAAGGUAUUAAUGACAGGUUAGGAAAUCUUCUUUCACUUUAUUUCUUGCAUUUGAUAUAUAGUUUUGCAUUUUUUCCCUUUGUGACUUUUGUGAUGUGUUGCCAAAGAAAAUAUUAUCUUUUAUUUGAGAACUGCAUAUUUUUUCAUACAAAACGUAGAAAAAUGGAAUGUUCUGAGCAUGAUCAUAUGCAUAAUACCUAUGAUGAUCUUGUCCAUUAAUGUCUUUGUAGAGGA